ACACGCAUGCGCAGAUACCGAAGGACACGUCACAGUUUGUGUCUUCACGCUCGAGUUUGGUGGAGUUAUAGGAAAUGUAGUUUCAGUCUAACCAUUGAUCUAUGAGGCACCACCCUUUAAGAACUACAAGGCCCAGCAUGCCGCUGCCGGUCAAGUGCGCAUGCGCAGCGGUGAGCGGCGUCCAGCGGCUCCUCUCCGCUCUGCUGAGUCAGAGCCUGGUGGCGUUGCCAUGGAGCCGGCCUGGAGACAGCAGGGCAGGGGGCGGGGCCGGGGUCAGGAGGGUCAAGGUGAGAGGCCCCGCCCCCUGCAGAAGGACAGGCCGGGGGUCCCAGCAGGACGGGGGGACGAAGACGAACCCUGGACCUGCCAAAGGUGAGUCGGUCCAGUCCAAGUUCGAGGAGAUCCGGAGGUCCAACCAGGCCGCAGCCCUGCGCCUGGUGGAGAGUCGGGUCAGCUCCUCUUCCUCCGAUGAAGAUAACGACGACGACGACGAUGAUGAUGGAGACGGACAGAGAGGAAGGAUCCUGGAGUCCACCUUCACCUCCUACACCAGCCAGACAGGCGGCGAUGCGUCGGCUCUGACCAGAACCGGCCAGUACCUCAGCGACAUGUUUCAGUCCGGAGCGCUAACCUGCCUGAUCUGCAUCGCCUCGGUGAAGAGGACGCAGCCGGUGUGGAGCUGCUCCGGCUGCUUCUCCCUCUUCCACCUGCCCUGCAUCCAGAAGUGGGCCAGAGACUCGGUCUUCCUCAUCUCCUCUGCCACAGAUGAAGACUUUGGUCAGAAGCAGCAUCCCUGGCCCUGUCCAAAGUGCAGAACCGAAUAUCCUCCCAGCGCCACACCCAACAGGUACAUGUGCUACUGCGGGAAGCUGCAGGACCCUCCAGCCGACCCCUGGCUGGUUCCUCACUCCUGCGGCUCCGUCUGCCAGCAAGAGCUCAGACCCAGCUGUGGACACACCUGCCUGCUGCUCUGUCACCCUGGUCCAUGUCCGCCAUGUCCAAAGAUGGUGUCCGUGUCCUGCCUGUGUGGCAAAGCUAAGCCCCUCCCCCGUCGCUGUAGCAACAAGUCCUGGUCCUGCCAGCAGCAGUGUGGGAAGCUGCUGGCCUGUAAGCAGCACACCUGUACCCAGCCCUGUCACACAGAGUGCCCCCCCUGUCCCAGGGUCAGCCUCCAGAGGUGUGUGUGUGGGCGGCAGACAGCAGAGAGGCCCUGUGCCAGCCCCCGCUGGACCUGCCAGCAGGUGUGUGGAGCGCGGCUGUCCUGUGGGAAUCACACCUGUGAAGACGUGUGUCACGAUGGAGCGUGUCCUCCAUGUCCCCGGUCCGUCAGCAGGUCCUGUCCCUGUGGGAAGACCAAGUCGUCUCUGCCGUGUACAGAGGAAGUGCUGCCCUGCGGCGACACGUGUGACCGCCGCCUGUCGUGUCUGAAGCACACGUGUUCGAUGCGAUGCCACCGAGGGAGCUGCGAGACCUGCAGACAGGAGGUGGAGAAGGCGUGCCGCUGCGGGCGCCACAGGAAGCCGAUGGCGUGCCAUAAGGAGUACCUCUGUGACGCCAAGUGUCCUCAGACCAGGAACUGCCAGAGACACCAGUGCAGGAGGAAGUGUUGCCCUGGUAACUGCCCCCCCUGCGAUCAGAUCUGUGGUCGGACUCUGGGCUGCCGGAACCAUAAGUGUCCCUCCGUCUGUCACCAAGGAAGCUGCUACCCGUGUCCGGAGACGGUUCCGGUCCGCUGCAGCUGCGGCUCGUCGGUUCUGGUGGUUCCGUGCGGCCGAGAGCGCAGCACCAAGCCGCCGCGCUGCAGGGAGCCCUGCAGGCUGCCCCCCAGCUGCCACCACCGGGACGGGGAUCCCCACCGCUGCCACCCGGGGCCCUGCCCGCCCUGCGCCCGGCCCUGCCUGCUGCCGCUGCCCGGCUGCCGCCACGCCUGCCCCCGGCCCUGCCACGACCUGGUGCUGGUCCGGUCCCAGCAGGUCCAGUUGGCUGGGCCCUGGGAGCAGCCGGCGGAACCGACCUUCACGAAGAAAGCGCUGCCCUGCCCGCCCUGCCAGGUCCCCAUCCCCACGUCCUGCUUCGGAGAGCAUGAGGUGAGCCCGGUCCCGUGUCACCGCCAGGGCCGUUUCUCCUGCGGUCGGGCCUGCGGGCGCCCGCUGGCCUGCGGGAACCACGGCUGCAGCCGGGAGUGCCACCUGGUUACCGACGGCAACCAGGUGAGACCGCCUCUCGUUGGUCAGAGCGCAGCGGGAAGGGCCCCGUUAACCAAUCGGGUGUCCCCGCAGUGCGAGGCGUGUGAGGAAGGCUGCGCUAAGCCCCGCCCCCUCGGCUGCCCCCACCCCUGCCCCCGCCCCUGUCACCCCGGCGACUGCCCCCCCUGCAGCCAGAUGCUCCGCCAGCGCUGCCACUGCCGGAUCAGCACGCUCUACCUGGAGUGCAGGAAGCUGACGGCCGCCGACGAGCCAACCAGGAUCCAGCUGGGCUCCUGCAGCAACCAGUGUCCUAAAGAGCUGAGCUGCGGCCAUCGCUGUAAGCAGGUGUGCCAUCCAGGUGUGUGUGAGGAGACGUGUCAGCAGAAGGUGAAGCUCAGGUGUCCAUGCAAGAGGAUCAAGAAGGAAGUGACGUGUUCUCUGGCGGCUCAGAGUGAACUUCAGUGUGACCUCGUCUGCAAAGACCAGGAGAGGAAGGCCAGCCAGGUGAAGGAGGCGGAGCAACAAGCCGCCCUGGAGGAGGAGCAGAAGAAGCUUCAGGAGGAGCUGGAGGCCUUUGAGAAGCGGCAGCAGCGAGGAGGUCGGAGGUCGAAGCGGCGCGGCCGGAGGGAGGAGGUGGACGAGGAGCAGGAGAGGGCCAGGAGGUGGAGGAGGAGGUGCACCACCUUCCUCCUGCUGCCACUGGGGGGCGCUCUGCUGUCUGCCGCUGCCUACUACCUGCUGAGCCUGGCCUGAGGGGUCAAAGGUCACCUCUCUGACCGAGAAGCCGCAGGACAAACGGGAACGGUUCAUGUUUUCUUCCUCGUUGGUUUAAAUGAAUCCUCCAGAUCAGACGCUGGUCCUCCAGCUGAUGUUUCUUCUUCUUUUCUUUAUUUCCUGUAAACUUUGUAACUUUUUUUGUGUAUCAAACUGAAAAUGAUCCCUGGAGCUCCAGAGGUCACGUGAUCUGUGAUCUGACCAAUCAGAGACGCCGUUUCACACAAUACUGCAGAAAAUGGUUUUCCUGUAAAAUCUCAUGAUUUUCUUUUUGUUUUGGAGAAAUAAACCAUAAACUCUGA